AUGUCGAACAACGUCGUUGGUAAUGUCUACCAACAGGUCAUUGAGGAAGUCAUUAGUGCCUCGCGCGUCGAUUUCGAGGAAGGCGGUGUUGAGGAUGGCGUUCUCGAGGAGCUGAAGCGCGGCUGGCAGCAGAAGCUCUCGCAGCUCGAGGUUGCCAGCUUCCCUUGGGAUCCCAAGCCGGACCCUCCCCAGCCCGCUGCCUCCGCGCAGCCUCCUACGGCAGCCGCGCAGGCUUCAUCACAACAGCAGCAGCAAGGGCCGGCAAUGCAGCAGCAGCAACAGCCGCAACACAUGUACCAGCAACAACAGCAGCAGCACGCUCAGGCGCAGUACGCGCAGGCCACCAUGAACCCCGCGCCCAACGCUGUCGGCAUCUCUCUGCCCACGGGCGGACCCGUCAACCACGACCCGAACGUCAAGAAUGAGCCGUAUAUCAAGCAGGAACCCGGAAGUCAGACAGGGGCCCCGAACAUGCACGCCGCUGGCGGUCUCGCCCAGGCGCGAGCCAUGCAGCACAUCAGCAACCGCUAUGGAAACGAUGCCUCGAGCGCCAUCAACGCCGGCGCACAGCAAGCUCCGGCACCCGCACUGCCUCAGAUGCAACAGAACCAGGCCAGGCCCGGCCAGCCACAGCAGCAGCAGCAACAACAACAACAACAACAACAACAACCACAAUAUGCCCUUCCUGGUCAGCAGCAACAGGGCUUCAAGAAUUCGCAAACAGACGGCGCCGGUGACGAGGACGAAGACGAGGCGGACGAUUACGACGAGGUCCAGGGCAUUUUGAUGCAGCGUGACAAGGCGGGUACUCUCCAUGAGCUUGGCCGAGUGGAGAUCGACGGGCUCCUGCACCAGCAAUUCCUUUCCAAGGCCAAGGCCAUGGAGGGCGGCGGCCUCAUGCUGCCUCUCAAGGAAACGUCCAAGUCCUCCUCGGCCGUCACUGCGUCGAGAAAGGGCAAGGAGCGUGCGGGCGGCGUUGCGCAGUAUGACGGCGAAGACGACGAAGACGGCCCUGAGAUUGCCGACGAGGACGCCAUCAACUCCGAUCUUGACGACUCGGAUGAUGAAAAGGACGAUGACGAGGUCGACGACGAGGGUCUGGGCCACAUCAUGCUCUGCAUGUAUGACAAGGUCCAGCGCGUCAAGAACAAGUGGAAGUGCGUGCUCAAGGACGGCGUUCUUACGGUGAACGGCAAGGAGUACGUAUUCCACAAGGCCACGGGAGAGUACGAGUGGUAG